UCGAAUCUAGACUUGUUUGGACAUUCCGUUGCCUAUUGCGAUGGAGAAAAGUGGAGCAACGAUCUAGUUGAAUGUGGGCCUGAAAACAAAACGGCUUACUCCUGCAAUUUCGAGAGCGCGAACAGAUGUGGCUGGAUGCCGUACCCAACUCCUAGUGUUUGGAUGAGGGUCAGCUAUGUCACCCACUUCCAUUACAAGGAAACCGGACCCCUGACCGACAGCGAAACCGAUGGAUACUACAUGCGGAUGGUGACUGGGACUGGCAAGUCCUCGGACAGCUACUACCUGCUAUCGCCUAGGUAUCCCAAGGAACUCAGUCAGCAGAAAGCCUGCUUCUCGUUCCGCUACUACAUGUUCGGUCGGGGAGUGGAUUCCCUGAUAAUAUCCGUUGCACCGGACUCCGACCCCAUCAAUGGCACUAUUCAUAGGCAUAGUAUAAAUGGAUCCCAAGAAGCCGAUUGGUUAACUGGGUGUAUCCCCAUCCCCAAAAUGGAACAGGACUUUAGAGUUGUCUUCACGGGUAAAAAUGCGGGAGGUCAGUUCGCAGACAUUGCCAUCGACGACGUGGAGCUGAUGCCCGGUUAUGGCAAGCACCAGUUCCACCGCAAGCAGCUCUUCAAUCACCAGCACCAGUUCCAUCGCAAGCAGCUCGUCAAUCACCAGCAACAGUUCAACCGCAUGCACCUCUUCAAUCACCAGCACCAGUUCCACCGCAAGCAGCUCUUAAAUCACCAGCAACAGUUCAACCGCAAGCAGCUCUUCAAUCACCAGCACCAGUUCCACCGCAAGCAGCUCUUCAAUCACCAGCACCAGUUCCACCGCAAGCAGCUCUUCAAUCACCAGCACCAGUUCCACCGCAGGCAGCUCGUCAAUCACCAGCAAUAG